AUCCGUCUUUCCUUUUCGGUGAACGAGGUCAUCCAGUCGCGCUAGGUGCUUCUUAUAACUGUACUAGUUGCUCCAAGCGAUGAUUUGAAGAGAAGCAUUUGGUGUAAACAGCAAGUGCAAUUAUACAACCUAUUGUUAAAAGUGGGAAUUCGAGCUUGAAAAUGAAGACGAUUAGUGCGAACGUGUAUCUCUUAAUCUUAUCGAUAAUAUCUGCUGGUUCGGCGGCCGAGCUCACAAAACAGUACGAACCGGGCGGCAGGAUGGUCAAAAUCGUAUCUUUCGAGGAGCUCAAAGCGGCUACCACCAAUCCUAACAUCCUCAUCAUCGACGUGAGGGAACCGCACGAGCUCCAAGAGACCGGUGUAGUACCGAACAGCAUCAACAUUCCACUGGCCACUGUUAAGGAUGUCCUGGCUAGUUCCCCGGGCGAGGAUUUCAAGAAGACCUUUGGAAAGGACAAACCUGACUUAGAUUCCGAAAUCAUCUUCACCUGCAGGUCGGGCAAGAGGAGCGCAGCCGCUUACGCAAUUGCCGAGGAUUUGGGAUACAAGAAUUUGAAGAACUUCGAUGGAGAAAAUUCAAUCAAUUUCGCAUCGAUUCGCCUGUAUUCCGGUGACAACAAAUUGGCUUUAUUCGAGGAGGUGAAGAACUUGAAAGCUGGAACCACUUUGAUCGAUGUCAGGGAGCCCAAAGAAUUGAAAGAAACUGGAGUGAUUCCAAAAAGUUUCAACAUACCUUUGGGAGAAGUUGAGGAUGCAUUUAAGAGUUUAUCCAAUGAGGCGUUCCAGAAGAAAUACGGAUUACAGAAACCCAAGGAGGAUUAUCCAUUGGUAUUCUCUUGCAGGUCUGGAGUGAGGAGUGCUAAGGCUAUGGCAGCUGUUGAAAAAUUGGGAUAUAACAAUGUGAAGAACUACAAGGGUGGAUGGUUGGACUGGGAAGAGCAGUCCAAGAGCAAAUGAACGAACAAGAAGAUCGGUUGCAUAUACUCUAGCUUCGCGUAGAGUGCGUGCUCAUCGAGGAACGUGCGAUUACGGUUCGUCCUUGGACGCAUUUGCAUCAUUAAAAUAAAACAUUUAUAACCUCAA